AUUCGACCGUCUAAAUUCUCUUAUACCUUAUCGCAUGUGAGCCUUAUCAGGUUUUCUUUUCCCCUCCCGCACCCCCCCAAAAAGCCUUGACAUUCCCCACGGCACGCUUUAACCCACGGACGACAAAUCUUAUCCAGAUAAAUUGUCCUGUUCAGCCACUCGAUUCCAUUCCAACUGCGGACUGCUGGAAGGGGUAUCUCUCAAAAAUAACCAUAUUAAAGCACUUUUUGUGGGAGUCCCUGUGGCUGUUAUCUGUCAACCAUGCGGGACUCGACCCCUCCCAGUAUUAACCCAAGCCAUGUCUCGGAGGGAAAUGGCCAAACCGAUGUUGCACGUACCAAAUGGAAUAUCAAAAAGUUCGUCAGGCAGGCUGAGCGAUCGCAUCGCCGGCUGCCGGGACUGAAGAAGGUUCCUUUGCCUGCCAUCGCUAUUAUUCUGUUCAUUGCGUUCAUUAACGUUGUGGUGUGGAUUGCCGCCGCAAUUGUGUUGCGCUAUUACCCGUCCCUGGUGUCUAAUGCCGUACUAUCUUAUACUCUCGGAUUGAGACACGCAUUCGAUGCGGAUCAUAUCUCGGCCAUCGAUUUGAUGACCAGAAGAUUACUGGCAACGGGCCAAAAGCCCGUCACCGUAGGCACCUUCUUCUCUCUCGGCCAUUCCACUAUUGUUAUCAUCACCUCCAUCGUAGUCGCAGCUACCGCUGCAGCUAUCUCAUCAAGAUUCGACAGUUUCAGCACCAUUGGCGGUAUCAUCGGCACUUCAGUCAGUGCCGCUUUCCUGAUCCUACUGGGUCUCAUGAAUGCCUACAUCUUGUUCAAAUUAUACAAGCAAAUGCAAAAGGUCUUAGAUCUACCCGAAGGCCAAGAAGAUGAAGUGUGGAAGAUCGAGGGCGGUGGUAUGCUAUUCUCCGUGCUUAAGCGCAUGUUCAAGCUUAUUGACAGACCUUGGAAAAUGUAUCCGCUUGGAAUCUUGUUCGGUCUUGGCUUUGACACAUCAUCUGAAAUCGCCCUUCUUGGCAUCUCGUCUGUCGAAGCUGCCAAGGGCACUAACUUUUGGGUUAUCCUGAUCUUUCCGGUCCUAUUCACAGCGGGAAUGUGUCUCCUCGACACCACCGACGGAGCCCUAAUGCUCUCCCUCUACGUCCAACCCUCCGCCAACUUCCUCCCCCCAAAGAGCGACACCUCCUCCGACGCGCCCCUCAUGGGCGAAGACACCGAAGUCGAACCAUCCAAGAACCACCGCGACCCAGUAGCAUUCCUGUACUACUCCAUCGUCCUAACCUGCCUAACAGUGAUGGUCGCCAUCGUCAUCGGCGUGAUCCAACUACUCACUCUGGUCCUGAACGUCGCUAACCCCACCGGCAAAUUCUGGGAUGGAGUCCAAGUAGCAGGAGACUACUAUGACGCCAUUGGCGGCGGUAUCUGUGGACUCUUUAUCAUCAUCGGCGGCCUCAGUGUGGUUGUUUACAAGCCCUGGAGGAGAUGGAUUGCUCGGAGACAUGGAAAGACCUUUGUUACUGAUGUCGAGGGAUAUCGGGAUGAAGAACCGUCUGUUACUAAUGCUCCUGAUACGCCGAUUCUGGAUGAGGGGAGGGAUGGGGCUGCUGCUGUUAAUUAUGGAGCUACGGGGAAGGGGGAUGCGGCUGUUACGGUGGAGCCGGUUGGUGGGGGGCCUGCGCGGUGA